UAUGACACGUACCAAAAGUUUAAUACUGUCAAUUGUGGUCAUUUAUGUCUAAAGUACUUAAAACAAUAUUGGAAUAAUCGUUUAAAUAUCGUCACACAAUAAACAGUUUAUCAUUCUCACAAUGUCUUUCACUUUGUCUAUAACUGGGACAUCUUCUACUCUGGUAACAAACUAUUCACCAGCUCUUCAACUGGAUGGUGAAUAUGAGUGUGGAGUAUUGUAUAUGUCAACUUUUAAUUCGAUACCCAACAUAGACAACAGAAAUAAUAAUUUCUAUUACGGUAAAAACAAAGUAAUUAAAAUACCAGAAGGAUCUUAUGAACUUCAAGAUAUUGACGAUUACCUUAAAGAACAUAUUCAAGGGUGCUCUUUUGCACUAACAUGCAAUAAUAAUACCCUAAAGACAUCUAUUUUAUGCUCUGAAAAUAUUAAUUUCGACAAAGAAAACUCUAUCGGUAAUUUACUUGGCUUCGGUUCAGAAUCCAUUCAAGCUAAUAUAUUAACUGAAUCCCCCUAUCCUGUCUCCAUUCUGUCAACAACUAUAGUCCGGAUUGAAUGUGAUAUAGUGAGCGGUUCAUUCGUUAACGGAAAACCUAGUCAUAUUAUUCAUGAGUUUGUACCAAACGUGCCACCUGGUUAUCGGAUUAUAGAAACACCAAAAAACGUUAUUUACUUUCCUGUGACCCAAAACAGCUUAAAUACAAUAACGAUAAGAAUUUUAGACGUUAACAAUAAUCUAGUUAAUUUACGGGGUGAAGAAAUUCAGAUAUUUUUACAUAUAAGAAAAAAUGAUUGACUUUAAUAAAACUUCAGUCUCCCUUAAAAACAUUACCAGUACUCAUCCUGCAAUCACGAAAAGAAGACCUAAAGUGAAACUUACAAAACAAAACAAGCAAUUCCUUCAAAGCCUACGUUUAUUAAAAUGAGUAUAUUAAACUUAACAGAACCUUUGGUCUUUGAUAACUCUAUCGAGAGCUUUGAAUACCAUUCAUAUAAACCGUACGUAAAAAGUUUUAAUUUCAACGAUGAAAUACGUAUACCUAUAAACCAACAAGAUCUUUACGUACUACCGUCAGCAAGUUCUUUAUACAUAGAAGGUACUAUAACUGCAUUCAAUAGAGAAACAAAAGCUGAGGUAAAAAGUGUUCUUUUUACAAACAACCUAUGUCAGUCUGUUACAAACCCCAUACUUCAUCUAUUUCAAGAUAUUCGAUAUGAAUUAAAUGGAAUUGAAAUUGACAAAAUUAAAAACCCAGGAGUCACAACAACUAUAAAAUCUCUUGUAUCUAUGAAUGAACUGGAAGCAUCCAUGUCUAAGUUAUGGGGAUUUGAUGUCAACGGUACAAAAAACACACAAGGUACAUUUUCUGUGUCUGUACCUUUAAACAAGAUUCUCGGGUUUGCUGAGGAUUACAACAAAAUCAUAAUUAAUUGCAAGCAUGAACUUAUUCUUUUAAGAUCCAAUACUAAUUUGAAUAGCGUGAAACUAAAUGCAAAUGAAUAUAUAGACAAUAUUACUAUAUCUAAAAUAGUAUGGCGCAUGCCACAUGUUAAGGUGUCUGAUCGAGAAAGAUUAAACUUGCUAAAAUGUUUGGAAAGAGAUCGUGCCAUUCAGAUAGCGUUUAGGACUUGGGAUUUGUAUGAAUAUCCGCUCUUGCCUGAAACAUCAAAACAUUCUUGGUCUAUCAAAACUUCAUCUCAAAUUGAAAAGCCGCGUUAUGUUAUAAUUGGAUUAAAAACGGAUCGAAAAAAUGUAGCUAAUAAAGACAUGUCACACUUUGAUCACUGUAAUUUGAGAGAUGUUAAGGUUUUCUUGAAUUCAGUCUACUUUCCGUACGAAAGGUUGGAUGCCAGUUUUUCGGCUGAAAAGUUUGCUGUAUUAUACGAACAGUACGCGAAAUUUCAGCAGUCUUAUUAUAACCGUCUACAGACGCCAUUGCUAAGCCCUCAAGAUUUUAAAGAUAUAGCUCCUUUAUUUGUAAUAAACUGCUCUCGCCAAAACGAAACCUUGAAAACCGGUUCGGUAGAUGUGAGAGUUGAAUUGAACUGUGAAUCAGAUAUACCAAAGAAUACUGCAGCCUACUGUCUGAUUUUAAAUGACAGUGUAUUUGAAUAUAAGCCUUUAAGUAAUAUUACGAAAAAAAUAUCGUAAUGCAGCAUAUAUUUGUAGACCUCCAAGUGUUUAAAACAAAAGAAAACGAAUUUAUUGUCAAAGAAUUUGCAUACAGCACGCAAGAAUACACUCAAGUUUUCUUAAUUAAACCCCCUUUUCGAUUUUGUAAAUUGACGGAAAGUGAAAAGAGGCAGACGAGAUGGAUAGAAAAACACUUAGGUAUUUUGUGGCACGAGGGUUAUGUUGAUUAUAGAGAAUUUAGAAGACUAAUUGAUAAUCAUCUAAAAGAUAAAACUAUUUUUGUGAAGGGAAUGGAAAAAAUUUAAUGGAUAAAAGAAUUACAUCCAAACUGCCAGGUCAAGAGCACCCUAAACCGACGAGCGUGUAUGAGGAAUGUCAUGAAAGUGAAGGAAGCGAGAGGUAUGUCAGGAUCGUAGCAAGUGGAAAUCCGUGGUCUCUGCCUACCCCUUCGGGAAAUAGGCGUGAUUAUAUGUAUGUAUGUAUGUAUGUAUCCAAACUGUACUGUUAUAGAUUUAGGUGAAAAAGACGUACCUAAUUUAAUAAUUCAUAAUUCAUAAUUCAUUUAUUGCAUUUUUAAUCAUGUGUUACAUAUGGUCUUACAAAGAGCGUUUUACAGCUAGUGUUCACAUGAACCCUGUUAGGGUAUAUGGCAAUAUACUUAUAACUAAAACUAUUUACUAAAACAUGAUAUUUAUAUAUUUAACAUUUAAACUAUUUUUAUAUAUUAUAUAUGCAAUAUGACACGUCUUUUUAGUGGAAAAAUAUAAGACAUUUUAAAAAUUAUUAAAAAUAUUUUUCAUUUUAACUAACAAAGUA